CUCGGAAUACUCCGAGUAUGUGCAUGUGCCGAGUAUGUGCUGCAUGUGUCACUUCCUCGCGCGUGCUUGUUUAUAAACCGGCGUAUUUCAAUUGCAUACUAGGUUAUUAAGCAAAAAAAAAAAAAAAAAUUAAUGCAAGUUUAAAACGGACUUUACGAUCACCGUUUGCAGCCAAGUGCUAACUUGCUUUCACUUAUGAAUCUUAUUGAGCAGGCCUGAAAUCGACAGCGGCUCUCGGAUUAUCUCCAUCGGCGCUGGAAAGCGUUUCUUCCGGCCCGUUAGUCCAGCACACACUUGUCCUGCUCGUUGUUAAAGGAGUAUGAGUUCGUUAGCGCGCUCUCAGUCGGAGGUGUUCGGAGAAAUCCGGAAGGAGCUCUAUGACGACCAUGAAUUUCGACAGGUUACUCAUGUCUUCGUUAUCAUGGGCGCUUCGAUUCAUGCUUCAUGGCCUGUUAACUUCGGAUUGAGCCAGAUGAAAGUGUCACUAGGUUUGGGGGAUCUUGCCAAGAAGAAAAUUUACCCAACACUUUGGUGGCUUUUCAAAGAUGGACUCCUACCAGAGGACACCUACUUUGUUGGGUUUGCUCGUUCCCACCUGACCAUGGAUGACAUCCGUGCUGCCUCUUUACCGUAUAUGAAGGUUAAAGACGUGGAUAAUGAGCGUGUCUCAGCAUUUUUCCAGAGAAACUCUUACCUGGCUGGACGCUAUACAGAGGGAGAGUCUUUCUUUCAGCUGCAGUCCCACCUGAACUCUUUGUGCCAUGGUACAGGUGCCAACCACAUCUUCUACCUGGCACUGCCCCCCACCGUCUACCACAGUGUCACCACCAAUAUUCGCCAGCACUGCAUGAGCAACAAGGGCUGGAGCAGGGUGAUUGUGGAAAAACCGUUUGGACGGGAUCUGCAGAGCUCGGCGGAACUGUCAGCACACCUCUCUUCCCUUUUCAGUGAGGAUCAGAUCUACCGUAUAGACCACUAUCUGGGGAAGGAGAUGGUGCAGAACCUCAUGGUGCUCAGGUUUGGGAACAGAAUAUUCGGCCCUAUCUGGAACAGGGACAGCGUGGCCAGCGUUAUUCUCACGUUUAAAGAACCCUUUGGAACUAAUGGGAGAGGAGGAUACUUUGAUGACUUUGGUAUUAUCCGUGACGUCAUGCAAAAUCAUCUUCUCCAGAUGCUCACGCUGGUUGCCAUGGAGAAGCCUGCCUCCACCAACUCCGACGAUGUGAGAGAUGAGAAGGUGAAGGUAUUGAAGUGCAUAGCACCAGUGACUCUGCGUGAUGUUGUGCUGGGGCAGUAUGAGGGAAACCCUGACGGGGAAGGCGAGGCUAAACUGGGUUACUUGGACGAUCGCACCGUUCCCAAAGACUCCCACACGGCCACUUUCGCCACUGUAGUGCUCUACAUCCAUAACGAACGAUGGGAAGGGGUUCCCUUCAUCCUGCGUUGUGGAAAGGCCUUGAAUGAGCGCAAGGCUGAGGUGAGGCUGCAGUUCACUGAUGUGCCAGGCGACAUCUUUAAUUCGCAGUGCCAGAGGAACGAGCUGGUGGUGCGUGUGCAGCCUGACGAGGCUAUUUAUGCCAAAAUGAUGAGCAAAAAGCCUGGCGUCUACUUCAACCCCGAAGAGACGGAGCUGGACCUGACCUACCGUAGCAGAUACAAGGACGUGAAGCUUCCAGAUGCUUACGAGCGUCUAAUUUUGGAUGUGUUCAGCGGAAGUCAGAUGCACUUUGUGCGCAGCGAUGAACUUAGAGAAGCCUGGAGAAUCUUCACCCCUCUCCUCCACCAGAUCGAAGCAGAAAGGACACAACCAAUCCCUUACACAUAUGGAAGUCGUGGGCCGAAAGAGGCGGACGAGCUGAUGAAGAGGGUGGGAUUCCACUAUGGAGGAACGUACAAGUGGGUCAACCCUCAUCCUGUGCAACAAUCCAAUCUCUGAUCAUUGUCCGAUCACUGAUGGUUAAGACUUCAAUUGCCAAAAAGAAAUCGAACAAAAAUUCAGGAGAUGAACCUGUUAAUCACUGAGUUAAUUCACCAUGUACUGGAGAUUUGUUUUCUACAAAUUCCCUUUUUUCUUCUUCUAUGAAUGUAUUGUAAAACAGGAAAAAAUAAUUAGAGCCACAGCUACUUUUCUUUCCAGAUCGAUUACACUCCUUACCUCUUAAUUUAGUGGUAAUGCUUCUCUUGCCUGUGUUUUCGUGAUUUGAAUGGAAUUUGUAAGCACUUAUCUUUCUCUUUCAACCUUUGACCAGAUCACAGCACAGAACAUUUUAGUUACAUUAUUCCAUUCAAUGGGCAUAGCCUUCCUUAUUUAUUUCCCACAGAGUGAUGGGAACAGUAUAAAGCACGCACAAUUCUAGAAACAGUAGUUUUUGUUGUAGUAUGUAGUGGUUUAAGAAUUAAAAGCAAUAAGUUCAGUGUUUUUUUUUAUAUAACUUGUUUGGAGUUAUGUGUUACAGUAUUUUUGUGGAGCCCUGUGUGUACAAAUUAACACAAGGUGUUUCCCAAAUGCUAAGAAUGUUUCUUUAGUUUACAGACGUAUGUAUGUAUGUUUGUGGGUGUGUGAAUGGGUGUGUGGAUAAACAAACUGCCGCACACACUGAGUCAGCCAGGUCUAACCGAGUGCAACAUAUUGAUCAAAUGGCAUUCUGUAUUUAAAAAAAAAAUUCCAACCUGCUUUAAUUCACUUAAUCUUUUAGCCAGGCCAGGUCUGUUCUGGUCUGGACACAUUCCAAUCAGUCGUCACCUCUUAAAUAAGUUAGUGUUUUGAGAUGCGUCACGGCACUGACCCUACUGGUUAUGACUCUUGCUCUCAGGUACAUGGCGUAGCCCGGGGGAUGUGUUGUGACUCAGCCUGGCAGAUAAACCAGUGGUCUGGUUUAAAAUGGAAUGUGUUAAGUGGAUAAACACCGUUAACAAGCUGGAAUAUGCUAUAUUCAUUUGACUGCAUGUUUUCCUAUUCUUUGAGUAAAGUCUUAAAUAAAAAAUUGCCACUUCAUACUUAAACGUUUUGGUGUUUUCUUAAC